AUGAACUUGCGCUGUAUCCACCACAGUCCCUCCUCAUCCUCCUCCUUCCCCCUUCCCCUCCUCCUCCCUUCUCCUUCUCCCCCGCCUGGACCCGGUGAAAUGAUCAAGUCAAGAAUGCCGGAGGCGGGAGAGGCCUCAGUUGACCGGCGCGGCGAGAGCCCGCGCCUAGACGUACCGCCACAGUCCCUGGCCCACAACAAACAACAACAAGUAUGAGGCGGAGGGGCGGCAGGGAUCCCAGUUGGCCAGGCAGGAGCCGGAAGCUGAGCAUGCCGACACGCCCCGAACGCUGGCAUUGGUUAUGGGUGCACACUCCCUAUAACUCCCGACUGACUCCGAUUUAGCCCCCCCCCCCCGUGUUGGUUCAGCACAUCUACCGCGCGGUCCCUUUUAGGGGCCAACGAGCAUGUCACACACAUAUAGACAGAUGUGAAAAGAAGGAGGACGGCUAACCUUUCGUAAGAGGGCAAGGACUUUUAGGCAGCUGUCUGAAGGUCGGGCAAUCUUAACGACGAACCGGGAGAGGUCGAAGAGGGCUGUAGAAGAGAAACACGCAAGUAGAUAGGGUCAACAUCAACUCUUCCAAUCUCCGCUGAUAAAGAGCUUGGAGACCAAAAGUAAGAAAUUCAGCAAGAGUGAAUCAUGGUCGUUAAAAAGGAGAGAAUGGAACUUCUGUACAGAUGAAUCGCCCCAAGACGCAUAACACUGACGACGCUCCAUGAGUUCUAGCCGAACUCUCAGAACCUUGCCUGGAAAUGAGACCUCCGUUCACCAACGAAACGUUAUAAACAGCUAAAGGUCACUUUACUGGGUCUGCCUGUCUCUGGUUUCUCACAAAAUUCCCGAUGCAGGCGUUAAAGGCAACAACGUUUCGAUCAGACGUAUGAAGCAUUGAGCACAGACACUACCACGGGAGAGUCUUCCACUCGAAACGGAAGUGGAUAGAAGCCUUUCACUUUGGCAUGUCGGUUAGAUGAUAGUUGGUAGCCCUCCUGACACCGCAAAUUCAAAGCUGCCUGUCAGUCGGGACCGGUGGUAAUAGUGGCUAUACGGGUGGGACAAUUGAGUGAACGGGUAAUUGGCGAUUGUAGUAUAUGCUAGGAAUUGACGUUCAUGGGAAAGUGG